AUGGCAUCUAUUGCGUCGGGACUUUUCAAGUCUCUCCCCAAGCCCAAGUACACCGGCGAGGAGGAGGAGUUGCCACAGCAUGCGCAACCUCGUGGUCCGCGUGUGGUGGGCGCCGACCAGCUUGAUGAAACGCAAGUAGUCUUACGGAGAACCGGACCUCCCCCCUACGGAAACCGGGCAGGAUGGCGACCACGCGCCCCCGAAGAUUUUGGUGACGGCGGCGCGUUCCCCGAGAUUCUAGUCGCACAGUAUCCCCUUGAUAUGGGACGGAAGGGGACAUCCUCUACAUCAAACGCGCUCGCUGUACAGGUUGAUGCCGAGGGCAAAGUCAAGUAUGAUGCAAUUGCGCGCCGUGGCCACGGCGAUAACCGCAUUGUCCAUGCCUCGUUCAAGGAUUUGAUCCCGCUCCGACAGCGGGUGGAUAUGGGAGAAAUCUCCCUUGACAGGCCAUCCGAGGAGGAAGUUCAGGCUCAGAUGGAAAAGACCAAGAAUGCACUUGCCAGCUUGGUGGAAGGAGCUGUGCAAGCUCAGAAGCCCAAGAACGUCCGGGGUGGCCGACGAGCAGAGCCGACUUUUGUCCGAUAUACGCCAGCGAACCAGAUGGGAGAUAAUGGGAAGAAGAACGACCGUAUUAUGAAGAUCGUCGAGCGCCAGCAAGAUCCUAUGGAGCCGCCCAAGUUCAAGCACAAGAAGAUUCCUCGUGGACCGCCAUCGCCCCCGCCCCCCGUUAUGCACUCGCCGCCACGGAAGCUUACCGCUGAGGAUCAAGAAGCUUGGAAGAUUCCUCCGCCCGUAUCGAACUGGAAGAACCCCAAGGGUUAUACCGUCCCCUUGGACAAGCGUUUGGCUGCGGAUGGUCGUGGGUUGCAGGAUGUCUCUAUCAACGACAAGUUCGCCCAGUUUGCCGAAGCAUUGUUCACAGCCGAUCGUCACGCCCGUGAGGAGGUGCAGCUCCGAGCUCAGAUGCAACAGAAGUUGGCCGAAAAGGAGAAGGCUCAGAAGGAGGAGCACCUCCGUCAACUCGCCCAAAAGGCUCGCGAGGCACGUGCCGGUCCCAGUCGUCGCGACUCUGUGGCCCGUUCUCGCUCUCGCAGUGCCAGCCGCAGCGCCUCCCCUUACUCCUCAAGGUCCGGUAGCCCAAGCGAGGAUGAAGAAGCCCGGGAGCGUGAGCAACAGCGUCGCGAGCGACGACAAGAAAAUGAGCGCCAACUACGCCAGUCUCGCAUGGGUACGGAACGCCGCAUCCAGGCUAUGGCUCGCGAGCAGAACCGUGAUAUUUCCGAGAAGGUUGCUUUGGGUCUCGCGAAGCCUACUCAGAGCUCUGAGUCUAUGUGGGAUUCGCGACUGUUUAACCAGACCAGCGGUAUGAACGCUGGUUUCAAUGAGGAUAACCCCUACGAUAAGCCGCUGUUUGCUGCGCAGGACGCCAUUAACAGCAUUUACCGUCCCCGUGCUCAGCUUGAUGCCGAUGACGAGGAGGGCGGCGAGGCUGAGAUGGGCAAGCUUCAGAAGACCAAUCGCUUUGAGGUUCUUGGACGAGCUAAGGAGGGCUUCAAGGGUGCUGCUGACGCUGAGGAACGACAAGGACCAGUUCAGUUCGAAAAGGACACUGCCGAUCCCUUUGGUAUCGACAGCAUGAUUGCCGAUGUGACUUCUGGCCAGAAGCGCUAUGGUAUCCAAGAGGCCGAAAGCGAAGACCGAGGCUCAAAGCGGGCUCGCGUUGAUGACGAUUAA